AAUCAGCUGUCAAUUUGACUUUUGUCAUGUUGGAACUAUGGGAAUUUCACUAAAGUUUUGUUCCUGAAAUUGUGUUGUUUUAUCCAUAUUACAGGGAUUUAAUUCAUUUCUGUUUAUAAAGUGGGACUCAUGCGGCUGUAUUUAGGAUCUAGGUAGUGUCGGUUUUCCCUGUCGGGCAAUUAGAGUAAGAAAAUCAGAUGUUAUAGGUCAAGAUGUCGCGGAAUAGAUGCGAUGGAUUGUUGGCGAAAGUGGAUUUUCCACUGUAUACGCUCCAGACGCUUACGAAUCGGCAUAUCCUGGUGGCCGGGGGCGGCGGAGCGUCCAACACGGGCGUCGCUAAUGGAUUCGAGAUAUUCGAGUUGUCGCAUAAUGGGAGUAGAUUCGUGGCGGAGGAGGUGAUGCGCCAUGAGACGGGGCCGAAUGUGGUGAUGACGUGCGACGUAGUAAGCGCAGGGGGCCGCACGUACCUGGCGGCGGGGCAGGAGGCACACUGCCAGCAGUACCGGGUGCAUAUGCGCAUGGUGGACGCAGCGGACAUGCGCCGCGGGUCUUUCCGCGCUGAGAACGGACUCGUGCGCCGGCGCCGCCGCACCGUAUCCGAGAACGACAACAUCUCCAAAACAGACAACAACAGCAACACCACAGAGAAGCGGAUAUCCUUUGAGAUACGACCCAAUGACAGUGUACAGACUGAUUUUAGCGAUGAACCGUUACAACGAGUAGUGCGACUGAGCCACAACGGCAAGCUGAUGGCGACAGGCGGCACGGACGGCAAGGUGCGCCUCUGGGCCUUCCCCAAGAUGCAGCUGCUCUACGAACUAAAGGGUCACACUAAAGAGCUGGACGACUUAGACUUCAGUCCGUGCGACACGGCGCUGGUGAGCAUCGCGAAGGACGGCGUGGCCAACGUGUGGGCCACAGGCGGCCCGCGGCAGCCGCUGCUGGCGCUCACCUGCACUCCACCCAACGGGAACAAAUACCUGUUUCGACGCUGCAGAUUCGGCCUGAUCGAAGACAAGAAAGACGCGUACAGGAUGUUCACAAUAGCGAACCCUCUGGCGCGGUCGGGCAAGCAGAAGGGGCUCAUCCAGCUGUGGGACCCCGCGGACGGGGCCUUGAAGAAGACGGUGGUGGUGAAUGAAUCGCUAGCCUCGCUCGCUGUGAGGGACGACGGCCGGUUUGUGGGUGUGGGGACUAUGUUCAGCGGCUCGGUGGAUAUUUAUGUCGCUUUUAGUUUACAAAGGGUGCUCCACGUGCCGACGGCGCACCGCAUGUUCGUGACGGGGCUGCAGUUCCUGCCCACGCGCGGCUUCGGGCCGCCCGUGACGUCACGCAGCGAGGCCGCGCUGCUCUCCAUCUCUGUCGACAACUGCGUCUGCGUGCACAGCCUGCCGCACCGGAGUACAGUUCCUGCUUGGGUGGCCAUCAUUCUCAUAAUCUUUGUUCUAUUCUGUACCUUCACUCUAUGUUCAUAUCUAGGCAUUUAGCACUAUUCUAAAUCUUAUGUUUAUUUGUUAAUAAAACAAUUUUACCGUGUAAGUACUUGGGGUAGAGUAAUAGUAAAUAUUAUGGACACUGCUCAUAUUACGUGGUAUAUAUUUAUGUAUAAAUAGGAUCAAUUUAAUAUAAUGAAAUGCAAUGUUGCUGAA